GACCGAGGCCGUCGUCAUCCUAGGGUUCCAGCGCCCGCACCUCGCCCCUGCCUCUCCACCCACACGGCCACGCCCUACCUCUCCUUCGUCGCAGACCUAGACCUCGACAACUUCGCCGCAUCCCUGCCGCAGCCCCGCGGCUCCUCGUCGUCCUCAUCUCCCCGGGAUCCCCUACCAGAUCCCGCGUCGGCGGCCCUGCAGAACCUGAUCUCGCUCAUCAACAAGCUGCAGGGUGCCUACACAACGCUCGGCGACCACAGCGAGGAUAGCACCCUCCCCAGCAGUAGCAGCAGCAGCACACGAUGAGCGGCGUGAGGUGCGCGGCGGCGGCGCUAUACAAGGAGCUGGAGCAACAUGUGCUCAUCUACAAGUACCUCGUCGCCGGCGUCCCCGUCCCGCCGGAUCUCCGCCUCCCCAUCCGUCGCGGCUUCGACUCCCUCGCCUCGCACUUCUACCAGCUCUACAAUGCUUUACAGAUAUCAACAGGACCUCCUGGUCGGUACCCGCGUCCGACCACAACCAUGACCAAGGUAUGGAAACAUGGACAUCUCCCCGACUUCCUGAAGCUCGACAGCGGCCUUCCCCGAUCGAGGCCAUAUAAGGUCAUCGCCGACGUGGGCGUGGAUCCGGCGUGGGAGUGCUUGGUCAAGGACUCGCCCGACCUCCGCGCCGCCAUCGAGGACGUCCAGCUGAUAACAGGCUGGAUGUCGGCCUGUCGAUGCACCGGGCGCUGCAGGAGGUUGAGAAUGUCAGCACCACCCUCGUGCGCAAGAAGAUUGUAGGCACGCCGAGCCUGCUGGCGGAUGCUUCUUCAGGGGAAAAGAAGAAAUCUUCAAGAAGAAGGUGCCCGAAGCUGAUGCUGCAUCGAGUGACUGAUCUUCCCCCGGGGUCGUCUGCUGUAGUCAUAUUGUUGCUGGAUCUCCUCCCCCCCCUCUCUCUCAGUGUGUUUUUCUGUCAAUAGCUAGUAGCAUAAGUUGGAGCUGGCUGUACCAGGAACUUAAUCUGUAUUUAUUAAACUAGAUCAAGUACAAGUACAUUAGUUCUUAAUCUUCUGUUAAUACAUCUCCUAGUCAUAAAUUGCCUGAAGUAGUGCAUGCAUAUAUUUAGGUGUUGUUUAAUUAGAAAAUGGAUGUGAUUUCUAAGUUGAUUGUUGUAGGAUACAAGAUAUAUCUAUGUUGGUUCAUCUUGCUGUAGAAUAUGCCCCUGUUCAUUCAUUUAUGUGUAUUGCUAUUUACCUCUGGUGACAUGUGAGAAGCACUCAUCUAUAUGUUUGUAUUUUGAGCAGCUGCGUACAACUUUUGGGAGGAUGGCAUAAAAGAUUAGAUAACCCCUGCUUUUGAAAUCAUGGUGCCUAGUUUGUGCUCGCUACCGAAGGAUCUCCAUGUUGAAGAAGAUUGAAGACACAUAGAGCUUGUAAAUUCUGUAGCUGUUGCACAUAGGGCUCCAUACCGAUUUUGUAGUUGUUACAAAUAGAGCUUGUAAAACAGUGAUUGAAGAUGUAUUAUGUGUUAUUUAUAGAGUAGCAGCUCCAUACUGAUUUUGGCUGCUGUUAUUUUAAGUA